AUGCCUCUUCUCGCCCGAAUUCGCGGGGCUCAGACAGAUACCGCGAAGACUCCUGCUCGUCCGGUUUGGUUGAACAAAAAAAUCACACCGAUUUUGCAGGCCAUCUCGUACAGAGCAUGUCUCCACCCCAUACAUACAAUUGUCAUUGUUGCCUUCUUGGCGAGCACGACUUAUAUUGGCCUGCUGGAAAGUAGUCUCUUCGAUGUGGUGAAAGCUACAGCUGGGGGAAAGGCCGACUGGGCCUCCUUAACUGCAGGUAGCCGUCAAUUGAGAGUUGGAGAAGAAACUGGUUGGAAAUGGCAAGCAACGGACACUACGACGCCAAUCCCACAGGGCGUGGAUCAUCUAGCCCUUCUCACUUUUGUCUUCCCGGAUUCGCUAGCCGCCAAUUCUCCACAGACUGCUCCUCUACCCAACGUUGUACCUGUACCGGAAAACUUGACCGUCACCCACCUACCAUCGACAUCCAACCCGCUGGCCCCACUCUCCCAGGAUAGUGCUCUGGCAUACUCAGUUCCAUACAGCCAGGCUGCGGAAUUUCUUGCCGGGGCUCAAGAACUGCCAAAUUCUGUCAUGGAACUAGAACUACACGACGAAAAAGCCCGUACUGGAAUGGAAGCUGAGCAUCUCAGGGAGCAAAAGAUGUGGCUCAUGAAAGCUGCGAGGGUUCACGAAUCAGAUUACAGUGUCAGAAGUUGGGCCCUGAACGCCUGGACCGAAUUCGUGGAUCUGAUUAAAAAUGCCAAGACGCUCGACAUCAUAAUCAUGGUGCUGGGAUACACGACUAUGCAUCUAACCUUUGUCUCUCUUUUCGCCUCUAUGCGACGAAUGGGUUCCAAUUUCUGGCUCUUUGCAACUACCUUGAUCUCAUCGGUCUUCGCCUUCCUCUUCGGCCUCCUUGUAACUACAAGAAUGGGAGUACCAAUGAACAUGGUUCUACUUUCGGAAGGUUUACCGUUCCUAGUGGUUAUAAUUGGUUUCGAUAAGGCCAUCUUCCUGACUAAGGCUGUAUUGUCCGCAUCGAUAAACACACGCAGACCACGAGCUCAGAGCAGUCCCAAAGCUGGAGAUUUGGAGAAGAAACAAAUGUCAACUUCGAUUGGAUAUGCUGUUCAAGUAGCUAUUGAGGAGAAGGGCUACGAAAUCGUCCGUGACUACGUGGUUGAAAUUUCCCUUUUGACUAUGGGAGCGUUUUCUGGUGUACAAGGUGGAUUGCAACAUUUCUGUUUCCUAGCUGCUUGGAUUCUGGUAUUCGACUGCAUUCUUCUUUUCACCUUCUACACUGCUAUUCUAAGUAUCAAGCUGGAAUUCAACCGGAUCAAACGCCACGUUGCGCUGCGCCAGGCUCUUGAAGAUGAUGGUAUCAACCACCGGGUAGCUGAGACUGUUGCCCAAAGCGAGGAAUGGCCGAAAGCCAAAAACUCAGGUACCAGCGAUAUAUUUGGACGCAAAGUCCGAGACAGCAGCAUCCCGAAAUUCAAGGUUCUCAUGGUGUCGGGAUUUGUCAUAAUCAAUGCUCUAAACAUCUGCACCAUCCCAUUCCGAGGUGGAAAGAACAACGCAGCGCCUCCUACAGUGAGUGGGAUUACGGGGAAUGGACUGCACGUCAUAAACUCGCCUCCCAUGGAUCCAUUCAAAGUCGCAUCGAAUGGUCUCGAGUUUAUCUUCGAGUCUGCGAAGUCUCAUGACAAAUCGACCGUGGUCACCAUACUUACACCUAUCAAGUACGAGCUCGAGUACCCUUCGAUACAUUACGCCAAGCCUUCCAGAGGUGGUAAGGACAGAUCGUCACUACGAAAUGAGAAUGGAGAAUACGUCAGCGACUAUGGAAUGGGGGGCCGCGUCGUUGAUGGCAUACUCAAGAGCCUAGAAGAUCCGAUUUUGUCGAAAUGGAUAGUCGUUCUUCUAGCAUUGAGUGUGAUUUUGAACGGUUAUCUAUUCAAUGCUGCGAGAUGGAGCAUCAAAGAACCCCUGCAGCUGGCUCCUCACCAUUCCGUGGAUGCUUCAGAGCUUGCGUUAGCUGAGAGGUUCAACAACUCAGCCUCAACGCCGACACUGAAGUUACCCUCCAUCGAUCCAACAGCUACUGAAAAUGUAGCACCACCAACUCCAGCAACAACAGACGAUGAGUCGGACGUUCUCACCAUGCGCAGAACUCCAGUAGACAGCCGGCCAUCUACUCUCAGCCGAGUGCAAACAGAGCCUAGUCUACGCCGCACCCAGGAACAAAUGGAUCAGAUGCUUCGAGAAAAGCGAACACCAGAGCUCACCGAUAGGGAGCUCGUAGAGCUAUCCUUGCAAGGCAAACUCCCUGGCUAUGCUCUCGAAAAAACAUUGAAGGAUGCUACUCGCGCUGUCAAGAUUCGGAGAUCGAUCAUCUCGCGAACUCCCGCUACUUCCGAGACUACUAGUCUCUUGGAGUCGUCCUUGUUACCGUACCAGAACUACAACUAUGAUCGUGUCCUCGGCGCUUGUUGCGAAAACGUUAUUGGAUACAUGCCCUUACCACUUGGUGUUGCUGGACCGAUUGUCAUUGAUGGUCAGAGCUUUUUCCUACCCAUGGCUACGACAGAAGGUGUUCUUGUCGCCAGUACAAGUCGUGGUGCUAAAGCUAUCAACUCUGGUGGCGGCGCAGUCACGGUCAUAACGGGCGAUGGCAUGACUCGAGGCCCCAUUGUUGCAUUUGAAACUCUAGAGCGAGCAGGCGCCGCGAAAGUAUGGUUAGAUUCCGAAGCUGGCCAAGAAACUAUGAGAAAGGCGUUCAACUCUACGAGCAGAUUUGCUCGUCUUCAAUCACUCAAGACUGCGUUGGCAGGCACAAAUCUCUAUCCCCGUUUCAAGACUACUACUGGUGAUGCAAUGGGGAUGAACAUGAUCUCCAAAGGCGUCGAGUAUGCUUUGACUGUCAUGUCAGACAGUGGGUUUGAAGACAUGAACGUCAUUUCCGUUUCUGGCAACUACUGCACUGACAAGAAGCCCGCUGCAAUCAACUGGAUUGAUGGUCGGGGAAAGAGCGUCGUUGCAGAGGCCAUCAUCCCUGCCGAGACUGUGCGGAAGGUCCUCAAGACGAGUGUAGAUGCUAUGGUGGAGCUGAAUAUUGCCAAGAAUCUAGUCGGAAGCGCAAUGGCUGGAAGUAUUGGUGGCUUUAACGCCCAUGCCUCGAACAUUGUCACUGCCAUUUUCUUAGCCACUGGUCAAGAUCCAGCCCAAAACGUCGAAAGCAGUAAUUGUAUCACACUCAUGAAGAACCUUCGUGGGAACCUUCAAAUCAGUGUUUCGAUGCCCUCCAUCGAGGUUGGAACAUUGGGUGGUGGUACAAUUCUUGAACCACAAAGCGCGAUGCUCGAUCUGCUCGGUGUCCGAGGCUCGCAUCCCACGAACCCGGGUGACAAUGCCCGAAAGCUUGCGCGCAUUGUUGCGGCGGGUGUGCUUGCAGGAGAACUGUCACUGUGCAGUGCUCUUGCUGCAGGCCAUUUGGUCCAAAGCCACAUGGCACACAACCGUAGUGCGCCCGUAACGAGAACGAGCACCCCAGCACCGACUGGUGCUCAAACACCCGUGACUACUGCAGUGGCAAGCAUGCAAGAAAGAGCUGGCUUAACAAUGUCGCCCUCUACCACAAUGUCGUCAGCUGCUAUUCUCAGAGCUGCCGAGGCGAGGAAAUAG